AUGGAUCCAUUUUCCGCAGAGGGUGGUACGUCUCCAGACCUCGACCCCGUCGAGCCGAUUCGACCCUCACCGCACCAUGUACCAUGUGCUAACACUGACACGUUGCGCCCAACAGAACUCAUCAACAUCCACAAUGCCUUCCAUCAGGGCCAAUACGACGCCGUCCUCGACUUCGACACAUCAGCCCUCUCCCCGGAGAACCAACUCCCCGCCCGCGUUCUCAAGCUUCGCGCCAAGAUCGCCCUCGGCCAGCCCGACCAGGUGCUGAGCGACGUGGCCGGCGACGACGAAACCCCCGACCUGGCAGCGGUGAAAGCGCUGGCGCAGCACACCGCCGGAGACCACGACGGCGCCCUGAAGCUCGCCCAGGACCUCGCGGAAAACUACCCGGAGAACGCCACCGUCGAGGUCCUCUGCGGCACGCUGUUGCAGGCCCAGGGCCACAGCGAGGAGGCGCUGGCGUUGCUGGCGAAGCACCAGGGCAACCUGGAGGCGGUUGCGCUGAUCGUCCAGAUCCAUCUCCAGCAGAACCGGGCCGAUCUCGCGUUGAAGGAGGUGCAGGCCGCCAAGCGGUGGGCACAGGAUUCUCUCCUGGUGAAUAUCGCCGAGUCGUGGGUGGGACUGAGACUUGGCGGAGAGAAAUACCAGUCGGCGUUCUACGUGUACGAGGAACUCGCCUCGGCGCCCAGUACGUCUGCGCCGCUGUCUAUCGUCGGCCAGGCGGUCGCGGAGAUGCAUCUCGGUCGGUUGCCCGAGGCCGAGGCGGCGCUGUCGGCCGCCCUGGAAAAGUACCCCGACGAUGCGGAGUUGAUUGCCAACAGCGUUGUGCUGAAUGUGCUGGCCGGGAAGCCGACGGAGGAGCUGGAGGCGCGCUUGGAGCAGGUUCAGCCGUCGCAUGCUCUGCUGGCUGAUCUCAAGGAAAAGAGUGACUUCUUCGAUACCGCUGCUGCCAAGUACGCGCCGAAGGUGUCUUCGUGA